AUGCAGGGCAGCCUAGCGGAGCUCGAAACGCCGAAUGAGCACGUCACAUGGGCUGCGAAACCGUCACACCUUUCACGGUCAAUACUUGCCGGUAGGGCGACGAGCACGACCCCAACAGACGCUCUGCUCGCCCUCAUCGAUGCUUCGCCCCGUGCUUCCUUGUCGAGGCGCGCCAGGUCAGACAGCUCUGUCUCGUCCGCAUCCACGGCACGUCUGCGCGAGUCUACCGGCUCGGUCGAACAGAGCAGGAAGCGAGCCAGACCAUCGAUGGACAGACAAGCAAGUCCUACCAUCCUUCUCGACGAUGCUACGCUGCGCAAUGUCACCAAUCUCACGCGUAGAUUGGAUCGCAAGGGCAAGAGGACGAGUCAAAAGAGCGAUCUGCGGAGUCAAUCGAGCUUGCAGUCGAGCAUAUGCUCGCUCAAGCGUGCUAGGUCAUGCUCACAGACGCCAGCUAUCGAGGCUGCACCAGUCAAAUCAGACUUUAGCCUGAGAGCCGCGACGACCAGUCCGAGCGCGUUGAGCCGACUCGGCAGUCUACCAAGCAUUGCGCUCUCGAGGCAGUCCUCAAACGUGAAGCCAUGUGAGCCAGUGUCAGCGAAGGAAGAAGAGGAUGACUUUGACGAGGGCGAUUCCUUCGAGCUUGCCCUGUCGCAGAUGCCCCUCGAGCCGCCGCUGCAGGCUGCACAGACUCGGAAAGAUGAAAGUCAGAUCGACGAGCUAUUAGACGGCCUUGACUGCAACGUCUUUGCUGCCGAUUUCUCGGACUGA